UAUCAUCUCUCUCUACAACAUGACCAUCUCUAAUUCCCUUCCCCAAUCCUUCCCCCUCCACCUUGCCGCCAAACCCACCCCCCAAACAUACAACAGAAAUAACAGUUUUAGUAAACACACCCUAUUUCCAUCACUGUGUAACAGUCAAAAAACCAACCGUACUGCCACUCCGAUCGUCUCCAAAGACUGUGAUCAGCUAAUUUCAUGGCAAGAGGAGCUCGAAAGAGUUUACCCAUCAGAAUUACUAUCCAUUACUGAUCACGGCGACGAUGCAGAGGAAGACUACUUUCAGAGAUUGGUGGACAAGCGGUGCGUCGACAACGUUAGGAUGCUGAUCGUCGACACCGUGCAGCACGCCGGUGCCGGACACCCCGGGAUGGCCCUCGGGUUGGCCGAGGUGGGGUACUUUCUGUACCGGCAUGUAAUGAGGUACAACCCUAGAAACCCCAAGUGGUUCAACAGGGACAGGUUUGUUUUGAGCGCAGGACAUGGGUGUUUGCUUCAGUAUGUUUGCCUUCAUUUGGCUGGUUUUCAAUCUGUUCAGAUCGAAGAUCUUAAACUGUUGUGCAAGCUUGGCAGUCGAACCCCUGGUCAUCCCGAGAACGUGGUGACAGACGGCAUUGAAGUUACAACAGGACCACUUGGGCAAGGUGUAGCCAAUGCAGUUGGUCUUGCUCUAGCAGAAGCUCACUUAGCUGCUAGAUUCAAUAAACCUGAUAACGUUAUAGUUGAUCAUCGGACAUAUUGUAUUAUGGGUGAUGGGUGUGCCAUGGAGGGAAUAACACAUGAAGCUGCAUCUUUAGCUGCACAUUGGAAGCUCAACAAGCUUACUCUAAUCUACGAUGAUAACCAGAAUACCAUCGAUGGCGACACCACCCUAGCAUUUUCUGAAGAUAUAUCUGCGCGAUUUGAGGCUCUCGGUUGGAAUACAGUCACGGCGGAUGUCACACACGGUGAUUUAAUAUCAUUCAAAAAUGCACUUCUCUCUGCUUAUAGUCAGACUGAGAAACCAACUUUCAUCAGGGUGAAGAGUCUAAUUGGAAAAUUGUCGAAAAAGGAAGGAACAUCGAAGGCUCAUCAUGGUACCUUCGAUGAAGAUGAUGCGAAGGAAAUGAGACAGAAAGUCAAGUGGACGGAUGGAGAGCCAUUUCAUGUCAUUCCUAUGGUUUACAGGGAAAUGCAAGUUCAAGCAUACAAUGGAGAAAGAUUGGAGAAGGAAUGGCACUCUAAACUACAUUAUUUUCAAAGCAAGUACCCACAAGAGGCAACAGAAUUCAAAGUUCUCCUCAAUGGUGGCCUAGUUCCUGGCUGGGAAGGCUCAUUACCGAAUUGGUCUGUAUCUGAUCCGGUCGAUGCCACUCGAGGAUACUCUGAGAAGUGCCUGAACAAGCUUGCAAAAGUGCUUCCAGGAUUGAUUGGUGGCAGUGCAGAUCUUGCAACCUCCAACAAAGCCUAUCUCCACGGCUAUGAGGACUUCCAGCAGCCCCGCUCCCCAUGGGGCCGCAACAUCCGAUAUGGAGUUCGAGAGCAUGCAAUGGCCGGAAUCUCAAAUGGUGUCGCAUUGCAUGGAAGUGGCCUGAUACCAUUUGCAGCCACUUUCCUCAUUUUCUCCGACUACAUGAAGAACUCCAUCCGACUGUCUGCUCUGAGCCAUGCCGGUGUCAUCUACAUUAUGACCCAUGACUCGAUUGGUCUAGGGGAAGAUGGUCCUACCCACCAACCAGUAGAACAGCUUGCCGGCCUACGAGCAGUGCCACGACUUCUAGUUUUCCGUCCAGGGGACGGCAAUGAGACAACUGGAGCCUAUAAAGUGGCUGUUGCAAACAGAGAUGUACCUAGUCUUAUUGCAUUAUCAAGGCAAAAGGUAGCUGCAAACCUGGAAGGGACAUCGGCGAAUGCAGUGGAGAAAGGGGGAUAUAUUAUAAGUGACAAUUCCGGGGAAGAGCUACCGGAGAUUAUAAUGAUUGGUACCGGAUCAGAGCUAUGUCUCUGCGAGGGGAGUGCCAAAUUGCUGAGGAAAGAAGGGAGGAGAGUGAGGGUGGUCUCACUCGUGUGCUGGAGGCUUUUUGACAGACAACCUAAGGAAUACAAGGAGCUUGUAUUGCCAUCAAGUGUGUUGAAGCGGAUGAGCAUCGAGGCGGGGUCGCCCCUCGGUUGGAGGGAAUACGUAGGCGGCGGAGGGGUGGUGGUUGGGGUGGAGGAGUUUGGGGCUAGUGGUGCUUAUUUGGAUACAUUCAAGAAAUUUGGUUUUACAGAGGAGAAUGUGACAAGCAUUGCAAAGUCAUUGCUUAGCCAGUAGAGGUUAGUACAGAAAAAUGAGAAUUCUGGCUUGCAAUGUAGUUGGGAACUUCUCAAACACAUUGUCACAGUUUUCUUCAUAUCAAUUUUAUUUAUUUCAGUGAACAUAUAUACUUGGUUUC